AUGUUGAACGAGCGUAUCUGGCUUAUCAUACUUAUCCCUUUUAACUGCCUGACGUUCGUUGUCAUUGUCUGGCGGUUUCGCAGCUUUGGGCUGUUUGGUUUCUUCCCGCGGUGGGGCUCAGUCUAUGAUCAUUUCAAUGCUACGGCAAAGUGGCUGCUCUUCAUGUCACCACCGCACCCGCUACAUCGUCAAUUGAAGGAUAUGGCAGACAAGCGACUCUCAGAGCAAGUGGUUUGGGGGUGCCCCAGGAUACUCGUCUUUGCCUUCUGCUAUAACAUAAUUCAACUGGUGCAAAAUGAUAUGUCCUCAGCGGUGCGCCUCGGCAACGCGGCACUGACUACAUUCCUGAUGGCAGGGACUCUCAAGCCAAGGUUGUUCACCCCGAGUGUCGUGUUCUUGUUCCACGUUCUCCUGUAUAUUGUCGUCUUAUACCUUGCGAUUACUGCCGAAAACAGCGUCGCUUUCUUGAAAGCCAGCCCAGUGAGAAUCUGCGAACGUCUCGCAGUGAGUAUUAUUCAUUGCAGACCUAGAGUGACUCUUAUGUUAGGUCUUAUGUACGUCGCAGGUGUUUCGCCAGUGUAUGAACCCGCCGACACGCGUCAGGAGUUGAUUGUGUCGCUCCUUGUGUUCGCCAUAACAGCUUCCGUCAGAAAGUCCCGCGACGCGGAGUUUUUGGCAGUGUUGGAGGCAAAGACUUCGCGAAGUGUUGAGUCCAUAGCGGGCGGUCUCUUGUCAAGUGUGUGCGACGCUGUGGUGCAUAUGUCGCGAGAUUUUCAGUUUUCGAAGCCGGCCGCACAUCUUGCCACAUUGCUUCUCAGAUCGCCCACAACGAUGGGUGUUGGUGUCUCAUUUGUUGAUCUAGCGGCUGACGCGUCGGAGAAGGACCGUUUGACUGCAUUCUUGGAGCGACCAAUGUCUGAUACUAGCACGGUUCACGUUUCGUUGAAAGAUUCAUGGGGCAUGACUGUAAAGUUUCAGCUGUUCCACGCCCACGGUAUUGACAUAGACGACGAGCCGAUUCACAUAGUGGGUUUGAAGGAAGAUUCCGAAGAGCUCCGGGCGCCGCCUGAGGGCAAGCUUCGCGAUAGCCAGGUGAUACCGCCUUGUAGCCUUUUAGCAGGAAUCUCGGAGGACUCGAUCAGCGUUUCAGGGAGCUCCUCUUCUGGUGUACUGAUCGGAACCGAGUGCGGGGGGAUGACUGUCCAUAUCAACCCAGAAGGCCACGGUUUGCCUAUCUUGCAGUGCUCCGCCGAGUUCUUGAGUCUGAGUGGACCUCUAUGCGAAGGCGCAGGGUUGCUGCAGUGGGUCGUCAAUCGCGACGCGUUUAUGGAAUGGGCAGAGGGAGCUUACAACAAUAGCAUGGAUAAUCACGAGUUUGGCGACAGUGCCCAUGAUGAAGAGCUCUGCGUGGCGCCAUUCAAUGUCCGUCUUCGUCUGCCUCACAUGGGCUAUGGAGUCCGCGAAAUAUCUGCGAACGUACUGUUGAAAUUGGAUGUCGCAGAGGAUGGCGGCAGCGACGUGACCCCCUCUACACGAACCCUGCUGGUGCUGGAGGACGUUGUCUUCGUCCGCAGUGCAUCCCGCAGAGCAUCCUCCUCGACGAGGCGCCGCCGUCAGAGGCGGAAGCCGUCAUCGUUCUUGACACUGUGA